AUGCGCGAUGUAACUUGGUCGCUCAGUUCAGCAGCUGUCAUUUCUCCUCUAACCCGUCCUGGAGAGGUGUCGUCUCUGGCUGCCAGCAUGGGCUUAAUCACAGGACUUUGUGGCUUCUUGUACCACUUACCUCAGAUUUACAAAUGGCUGCUGAAGCCGUAUUAUAUCACCUCUUUCUUCAUGACCAUAGCCUUUAUGGUGGUCAGAAAGGCUCCAGGUCUAUGCGAGCACCUGGCGACCCAGAGAGAGGACGGCAACUCCUGCGACUUUGACUGGAGGGAGCUGGAGAUUCUCAUGUUUCUCAGUGCAAUAGUGAUGAUGAAGAACAGAAGAGCCAUCACGCUGGAGCAGCACAUAGGCAACCUGUUCUUAUUCAGCAAAGUGGCCAACGUCAUCCUCUUCUUCAGGCUGGACAUCCGGCUCGGCAUCCUCUACGUUGCCUUGUGUCUCGCGUUCGUCAUGACCUGUAAGCCACCUGUCUACAUGGGCCCAGAGUACAUCAAGUACUUCAGUGACACCACAAUAGACGAGGAGCUGCAGAAGGACAGUCGUGUCACCUGGAUCGUCGAGUUCUACGCAAACUGGUCCUCUGAAUGCCAGUCUUUUGCUCCUGUCUUCGCUGAUCUUUCUCUCAAAUACAACUCUGCUGGACUCCGCUUUGGGAAGGUGGACAUUGGUCGCUAUGGAGAAGUUUCACAGAGGUACAGAGUUAGCACGUCUCCUCUGGCGAAGCAGCUGCCCUCCCUGAUGCUGUUUCAAGGAGGGAAGGAAAUAAUGAGACGUCCCAUGGUGGACAAUAAAGGGAGAGCAGUGUCUUGGACUUUCAGUGAGGAGAACAUCAUCAGGGAGUUUAACCUCAACGAGCUCUUCCAAAAAGCCAAGAAGCUGAACAAAACACGCGCUUUGAAGGAAGAGGAGGCGAACGGCACUCAGCCAGAAGAGGGCAGCGGGGAGCUUCAUUCUGAAACCGACAACCAAGAGCAUCCCACAGAGAGCAAGAAAGAUCAGUGAGAGAGGGAAGACCUGUUCCCAAAAUGUCCAUGCCUUACAUUACUGUAGAAGUCCAGAACAUGAUGGAAUGGAGAGAGAAAACAUAUGCAGCCAAAAGAUAUUGUCACAUUUACUGUGAAACACGAAUACUCAAAAAGCCAGAAAACAUUUGCCUGCCGCUACGAUGCAGCUCAUUUGGGGAUAUUUUAUAACUCAGUUUUUUUUUCUUCUCAUGAAAAGACUACUCUGUCUGUAUUUUGCGAGUAUUGUGUUUACUUUUGUCAUAUUUUGAAGCCAAAGUAAAAAGUGAUUACAAGAUUGUGUGCAAACAGA